CUACCUACUCAGACUGGCUCUCAGCCGCAAGGCUCUGCCGCAGUUCAUCACACACCUGCUGCACACACCCAGAGUCCUGGAGUGGUACAGCCCGGAUAUGUCAAUCCUCAGGAAUGAGGAAUUUGUGGAGCCUUUCAUGUCUCUGCUGCUGGUCCUCUCUCACAUGGAGUUUAAACUGGACAUGGAGAAUUGCAGUUUUCUGGAUGAGAGUUGGCUCCUACCGGUGUGUGAGACAUAUGAGGUAGUGCCCUGUCGGGAGUUAGGGUUGGUGUUGAGGUAUCUCAGAGGGCGCGUCUUCGUCCUCGAACUGAUCCCUGAUAGUCAGGCUCAUGUCGACAAGUUUAUCUGUCCUGGUGACAUCAUUGAUGAGAUCAACGGCACCUCAUUGAGGAAUUCCAAGAAUGGACAGGCAGGUGUGGUUCUGUCCCGGCUAAAGGGCAGCCCUCUGUCCAUCAGUAUUCUGCGGUGGAGGGCUCAUGAUGGGACAGUUUAUCGGCCCCUUAUCAAACUUCUGAGGGCCCUGAGGAUCGAGAACCCCACCCUGCAGCUCGGCCCCACUCCCUCCCAGCAGUCAGCCACCAAUGACCAGAGAAUGUCUCCGUCACAGUGUCUCAAAGAGGGGAGGAUUGUCUACAUCGUGCAGUACUUGGGAAAAGCAAACAUUGGAGCGUUUGGGGGCAAGGAGGUGCUGCAGCAGGGCAUUAAACAAGUUUUGCAGAAAAACCUGCCAAGCAAGGAAGUGCUCUUAGAUAUGAAGGAGACACAUUUGACAUGCACGGACAGCAGCAGUAAACUGGAGCUGUUUGAGCAUCACUAUCCAGAGAUUUCAUGCGUUGGGAGAUUCGGUCAACCAGACUACACGAUAUUUGCAUUUUGUGUGGCAGACUCCCCAGAAACCCCUCAGUCUACAGGCUUCUGCUGCGUGGCGCUAAGAGCCAGCACUGCCAAGGAGUGUGAAGAGCUUGUCCUACGUAUAGCGACUGGUUUCAAGCACACAGAGUGGUUUGUAUGACAACCCACCAACAGUGGAUUAACACUUGUAUCAUGUUUUGUAAAUAAGUGUAAAAUGUGCAUAAAAACUAUUACUCACUGAAUAUGAAUAUAAGUAAGAGUGUACCAUUUCAUAUUAGGGGAUAAUUUUUAAUAAAAGAAUGAGUAUAUUAAUAUAUAUGAUAUAUGCACACACUCAUAUGUAUACACACUUGUUUCCUACAGCCAGGUUUAAAUACAGUAUUAAAGAUACCACUUGGGAUGAACAACAAUUUAAUGAUAAACUAAACUGAAAAGAAAAAACCAAAUAUUGUCAAAACAUUACCUCUAACAAAAUUGCAUAUUGGUCCAGUGAAAAAGUCAAACAUGGUUAGAAUUGGAAAAUCCCCAGCAUUUUAGUGGUUUAUUACAAAUUUCACAGCCUCAUGCUGUUUGUAGGAUUA